UACAACUCCCACAAGCGCCCGGGCGUCGACGCGCCCAGCCCAGCCAAUGGGGGCCGAGAAGGCCGUGUGACGACACUCCGUUUGGUCUUCUUAUGCGCCAAUUGAGAACGCAUGGGGCGAGAUAUCGGCGCGAGAGCGGAGAGCGAGCGCGGAGCCGUUUGUUGUUGAGACGCAAUUUUCCAGACUGUCUGCCCUCUUCUGCUGCGAUGGCCUCGGACGAUAUCAAGGUGAAGGAGCUGGACAAGCGUGCGUCUGGCCAGGCCUUUGAGGUCAUUCUGGGUAAUCCCGCCCCAGAUGCUAAAGGAGAGUUCCUGCUCUCUCCGCCGAAGAAGAAGGAUUUGUCGUUGGAGGAGAUCCAGAGGAAGCUGGAGGCGGCCGAGGAGCGGCGCAAGUCGCACGAAGCCGAGGUUCUGAAGCACUUGGCUGAGAAACGUGAGCAUGAGAAGGUGGUGCAGCAGAAAGCCGCGGAGGAGAACAAUAACUUCAGCAAGAUGGCGGAGGAGAAGCUGAACCAGAAAAUGGAGGCCAAUAAGGAGAACCGCACGGCGAUAAUGGCAGCCAUGAACGAGAAGUUUAAGGAGAAGGAUAAGAAGCUGGAAGAGGUUCGAAAGAACAAGGAGACCAAAGAGGCAGUCGGAGACGGCGAGAACUGAACUGUACAAUCGGGGGAAUUUGGGUCUUUUUGUUUUUUAAAAACAUCCAAAGAUUUAUUUUUCAUUUCUUUGACGGCCAGUAUUUCCGUUCACUGCCCACUUUUAUUUCUGUCCUCUCCUGAAGAAGUAGGUACCGUGAUGGCUCAGACUUUCUGCUCUGUCCUUCCUCUCGGUUCUCGAGUCUGAGCGCCGUUUGUUUGUCUUCGUUACUGCCGCUGUUUCGUUAGCAGAGCUCGUACCGUUUAAGGAAGCCUGUCUCUCUGCAUCGGUCCUUUGACGCCUCUAACGUCGCUCGUGCGACUGUUUUUUAGCACUUGACAGUAGCUCAGUGCCCGUUUCUCCAGGGGCUUCUGAGGGUUCUCCGACUCUGCUGUUCUGCGUAGGUUUGCUCUAGUCCAGAAACUGCUAGUCUCGCUGCUUCGUUGCGACUUUCCUUCCUCGUUCUUUUCCUUUCUUGCUCUUGCUGCCGUUUUGGUUUCGUGAAGCUGGAGGUCAGUGUGGGUCAGUUUCUCAAGCACACGACUGUUCAGUGGUGGUGGUGGUGGGGGGAGCCAUCCUGGUGGAGGGCUCGGUUCUACGCGUGGAACGCAAAAAGAGCAAUACACUUUGACGGUUGACUUGUUAACUCUUGUACUAAAAAAUAAACGAAAUUGCUUCAAA